UCGUACAUGCGAGAAGUGACAGCAGCAGCGAUCAGUCGGCAAUACAGCUUAUAUUAUAAUUCUUCUUAUCCAUAAUUAGCUGUGUUAGCUUUCAAACUACUAACACAUAAUAUUCAUAUUUUAGUGGCUAGUUUUAAUUCAUGUAAAAUGGUGUUUUACUUCACAAGUGCCGUGGUGAACCCUCACUACACAAUCUACAUGGGAAAAGACAAAUAUGAAAAUGAGGAUCUGAUAAAGUACGGAUGGCCUGAAGACAUCUGGUUUCAUGUGGACAAACUGUCUUCAGCUCACGUUUAUCUGAGACUGCCAAAGGGUCAGACAAUAGAUGAUAUUCCCCCUGAGGUGCUGAUAGACUGCGCACAGCUGGUGAAAAACAACAGCAUCCAAGGCUGUAAAAUGAACAACAUCAAUGUGGUUUACACACCAUGGGCCAACCUGAAGAAAACGGGAGACAUGGACGUCGGACAGAUCGGCUUCUUUAGACAGAAGGAGGUGAAGAUCGUGGCAGUGGAGAAGAAGGUCAACGAGAUUGUAAACCGCCUGGAGAAAACAAAAGAAGAACGCUACCCCGACCUAGCGGCAGAGAAAGAGUCGAGAGACCGAGAGGAGAGGAACGAGAAGAAGGCUCAGCUCCAAGAACAGAAGAGGAAGGAGAAGGAGGAGCAGAAGAGGAAAAAAGAACAGGAGGAGCUCAGGAGCUACAGCACACUGAUGAAGAGUGAAAAUAUGUCGACUAAUGCGGAUGGUAAUGAUUCAGACGACUUCAUGUGAGAGGUGACCACGAGGCAGCGAGCAGACAGAAUCCUCCUCCACCACUCAGACCUGCUGUCAGGAUGCUCCCCUGCUGCUUCUGCUUGCUCUAACUCUGCACUGACAUUGAAAACAAAACAAAGACAAAUGGAUACCUUUUUGCUUUUGGACACUUGGAGCAGAAAGCGAGCCGAUGAGAGACAGCACCGGGGGACAUGCUCCACAAGCUGAUUGGCUCAGACGCUGCUUCCAAACCAAACCAAGCUGGCUGGCCUCUUCACAACGGGACGACACUGUAGAAGAAACACAGGACAAAACGAUGCUGAGGAUCAUUUUGGGGGAAACACUCAAAUAGCAGAACUGCUUUCACUGAUGCUGAUGUGUGAUGAAAUGAGUGUUGGUGAAUCUGAAGGCUGCAAACCCUUCUGCUUACUUUCUUUAUGUGUUCAUUUCUCUGCAUGUCAGAUUUAAUUCAAUGCAAUUCAUAGUAUUAAACUCAGAGUUAUUGUUAUUCAUUGACAAGCCCUUAUAGUGUCUUGUAAAGCACCAUAAACCAGCCUCUAUCAUCCAACUCCAGCAUCACUGACGUUCUGAAAGAUUUUUUUUAAGUCUUGGAUGCAACCCUAAAUUUACGCAAACGAUUGUUUUUCACACCAUUACCACAUUUCACACCUCCUAAAAUUCUAGCUGACAUAGUGAGAUUGCUUAUCCUGUCCAACUAACUGUCAAAAACCCAAAUAAAUCUUCACAUUUUAAAAUACUUAACAUUUAAUAGAUGAUCAAAAUUGUAAGGAAAUUAUAUUUUUUUGGCCCUCAAGAGUGCCGUUAUAGUUACAGCAGAGCAUAAAAGUUCAUUGUUAACCUUUGACACUGCAGAUUUUACUGUUUUUAAACACAUCUCUUGCUUUCUGUUAAGUUCAGUUCUACCUGCACCACCAGCACAUGAGAUAUGUAACAGCUGCAUCAGUUUAGACCUGCACAUGUAUGUGUGCUGAUUAUUGUGCUCUGUCUGCAGGCAGGGAAAGUCAUACUGCAAUUUUAACACUAAUCUGCUCAUCCCAGGAUUUAUUUUCUCACCAGUAGGUGGUGACAUCAGCACAUCUACAUCAUGCUGCAGGUCUAUUAAUGUGGACACUGUUGGGGACUCUUGUGGUACAGACGUGUGUUUGUUUGACAGUAACUGAAUGACUCUCCGUAUGGAUCUGCUGUCUGCUACAUGUGGAGAAAAUGUGCUUUACUGGGUUGUAGGAGAGUUAUAAGCCAGGUUCAUGUCGUGCUUUGCAUGUUAAAAAGUGUAAUAAAAUGUCAAGUUAUUUCACUUCAUGUCAACUAACGAAAGUUUAAUUCAUUUCUGUUAUUAUGUUCAUUUAUUUCAGUUGCCAAGAUGUUAUGUUUCUGCUGUCCAAUGUUUAAAAAUCAGUGUCAUUGUACCAAGAUGAUUGUUUUAUGACAAUAAAUCAACAGUCCUGAAAAGGAUAAGAGCGAAUGUA